ACAGAAGGAGCCGCUGUCAUCUCCUCCGCCAUGUUUCUGCUGCUAAGUCUGUUAAAUGUGCAUGUUUUAUAAGGUUUAAAAUAUGUUCGAGGUUCCAGACAGUUGAUACAAAUUUAAAUCUAAAGGAUCUACCCUGACAUCUCAUUUAUUUACUCUUUGACUCCAGGAGAUGGUGAUGACUGCGCCCUGUGUGCUCCUUUCUCUGGCUCGGACCUUGGCUUCCCAGACCCCCUGUGGGUCCUCCCUCAGAGCCCUCCACAAGGGACUGAUGUCUCUCAGGAGGAUGUCGUCCAGGAGACAGAUGGACCACCUGCAGAGGACCGCAGCCCAGUCCAGACACACAGCCCUGUACCCAGCUCAUGUGUGUGGCAUCACUGAUGAGUCGGACACAGUGAAGAGGCUGAGGUUAGCCGUGCACCCAGACUUCAGCUUUAAGGCCGGACAGUGGGUGGACCUUUUCAUCCCAGGCUUGGAGACUGUCGGGGGCUUCUCCAUGUGCUCCAGCCCAGGUCUGAUGCAGAGGGAGGGGGUCAUCGAACUGGCCGUCAAGUACACCCAGCACCCCCCGGCUCGCUGGCUCCACACACAGUGCACGACCGGCUCCCAGGUGGCAGUGCGAGCGGGCGGAGAUUUCUUCUUUGACCCUGCCCCCUCAGACCCCGCCCUGGACCUCUUACUGCUGGGUGGGGGUGUGGGCAUUAACCCUCUGUACUCCAUCCUGCUGCACACGGCUGACUUGCUCAGGACAAAUCGGGCUAAUAUCAGCACUGCACACAUCUGCCACAGCGCCAAGAACACUCAGGAACUGCUCUUCAAGAGUUCCAUAGUGGACAUGCAUGAAGAGUUCUCCAGCACCAUCUCCUGUGAGUUCCACGUGACCCAGCAGGGCGGCGACGUGGAGCCCAGAUUGCAGCCCUACACCAGCCGGGGCAGGAUCACAGCCGAGCACCUUCAAGCCCAUGUGCACCCUCAGAGCACCUUGUGUUACCUGUGCGGCCCCCCACUCAUGAUCCAAGCCCUGUCCUCCAGUCUGAAGGAGCUGGGACUGCCUGAGGAGCGCAUCCACUUUGAGAAGUGGUGGUAGGACUGAGAACACAGCUGGAGGGGCCACUUACAGACCAUGUACUGUAUUUGAAUGGACUUUAAAUGGACAAGUACACACCUCCUCUUUUGGGUUUGGACAACUUAUCAGCUGCUAUGCACAAAACUGGUUGGAUAUUGUGUCCAGUAGCACUUCUAUAAUAACUACAGCUUAAUUAGCCUUAAUAAAGCAUCUAAUGAAAAACUGGCUUAGUAACUACUUAAUUUGUACUCUCUAAACACAACCCCUUAAUUAAGUAGUUACUCAGUCAUCAUUCUUAAAGAGCCUAUAUUAUGCUAUUUAAAAAGCCUGUUGUAAUGUUGUUUCCUCAUCAAAUGCUUAUCCGGAGUUGAGUUUUGUUUCAUUCACGCAUUUAACACACAAAUUCUGCAUAUUGAGCCUGUAAUCUUCUCUCAAACUGAAAACACUUUGUUCCACCUUGUGAUGCCAUUAAGUGACAGUACAGGAAGUGCUUCACUGUCUUUUUAAACUUCAUACACCUUCACUAGAAUCAUUUGCAGUUACAAAAAACAAAACACAACUUUGUUUUUUUAAGGAGGUAACAGCAUUAUAAUAUGACUAAAAGCUUACACGAUUCAUUUUUGCGUAAUAUAGGAUUAUUUGUUAGUUUUGAAUUAAGUCUUUGUUCAUGCUUUAUUAAGACUGUAAAUAGAGUAGUUACUAUAGUUUUAGCAUCUAAGUGAAAGUUGUUACACAGUUCAGGUCCAGUCAUUCUCACAAAAUAUGAAUUCCUACCUGAGUUUUAUUUUUUAUAUUUUUACUUUUUCUGACUGAUAGUUGCAGACAAGAUGCUGAUGGGAACAAUGCAAAUCUAGAAAUUAUCAUUUUUAUCACAAUUCUUAACUUUCCAAAACUGAUCCAGGCUUGUGAGAAAUUGGGCUCAAAUUAGUAUAUAAUUCAAUGUUCAAUUAUUCCCAUAUCCUAAAUAACACAUAGGCUGCAACAAAAAUUUUUAUGUAUGCACUUUGUUUUGAAUGAAAAAAAAUCUUUUGGUGCAGAUUGGAAAGAUUGUUUCCAUUUGACAACUUAAGUUGACAAAGCAAGUGACCCAAAAAUGCCUUUAGUGUCUUUCCUUAAAUUUGAGGUUUGUUUGAAAUUGAAUGAUAUUUUAAAAGGUUAUUGUCAAAGGAACCAUAUUGUGCUGUUUUCUGAUCUAUGUUAUAAUGUUGUUUCUUCAUAAGUAACAUACACAGAGUCAUGUUUUGUUUUGUUUCACACAAGUUUAACACAAAUCCUGCAUAUUUAGGCUGUUUUUCUCUCAAACAGAAAACCCUCUAUUCCAUGUCAUUUUGGUAAUGCAUAAUUAAACUCCAUACAACUUCACUAGAAUCAUUUGGACAAUGUCAGAUCUGAAAUGGUCAACCUUUGCUGAAAUAAAGGUAAAAGGUAGCUGUUAACUUGAGUAUCAUAAAGUGGAACAGAGCAUUUUGGAGAUGUAGACGGCCUAAUAAUGCAGGAUUACACAAACAUGUGUGAAUGAAAUGCACAACUCCAUGUAUGUUUGUGAGGAUUCUAAAAUAGCUUAAAACUCACACGAGUCAAUGAUGUAGGGGCUUUAAAUUGACAAUGUUUGGUUUGUUUGAAAGGAGAUCUUGGUGUAAAAAAGUAACCUUAAAUCUUAAUCUAUAAUAUGCAGAUUGGUAGAAUUACGAUUUUGUGUGCUAACAAUAGUUUUUCCCUCAGCAGCACUUUGCAACAUAACACAGUGAACAGAGCAAAUACACAUUUUAAUAACUGAUUUGAAUUAUUUUAAAAUACCUCAGUGCUUCAAACUAUUUAUGUCAUUUAUGAUGUUAAUGUUUGGAAUGUUGAAUAUAAUUACGGUGUUUUUACCACGAAUUCUGCUCCUUUUCAUUUUGCCAUAGCGGGAGAGUGGAGUGAGAGUGGAGAGAGUUUGUGCACCCCCUGUGGUGUGGUGUAAUAAGAAUCUCUGGGGGGUCUGUGAGGACAUGUUCUGUCAGCAGGGGGCACACUCAUUUUCAUCUUUCCUUUUCUACACAUGACACUGUAAAUGGUCCUGUUGUAAAGGCUUUAUUGACCUGCUCUCUUAUAUAAAGUACCACUUACAUACACUACGUACAGCAUGGUGUAAAGGCUGAUCAAACCAUAACAAUACACCUUAAAUGCACUUUUAACUGGAUUCAUUUAAAGGGGCACUGUGAUACUUUUCUGGUGCUUACUCAAAACAAUGUCAGGUCAACUGGAUAAUAAUUGCUGUGUUUCAGAUGACAUCGCAACAUCCUAUAGGUGAAUAAUAUUUUAUAUGGAUAGGGGAAGUUGAAAAUAAUAAUUAGAGGUAAAAUGCUUGACCUUUGCACUUUUUAGAAUAUUGGCUAUCUGCCUUAAAUCUGUAGCAAAGGCCAAUAUUUACAGUAGUUUUGGCCGACCUGCUGCCUAAAGAAUGCACAUAAAGCUUAAUUUGAAUACUUUAGUGCGACGUGAUGACUGCAUUUAACGUGGCAACACAGCUCGCAAAGCUGUGGUCAACAAGGGCUGUGGGUGAGUUUGCAGCUAUUUAGGUAAAAUAAUCUACAUCAGCCCAAAAGUAUUGCCAGAGUUUAACAGCUAUUGGUUGCUCUGGAUUCGACACAUUGACCGAUAUAUAUAUUUUUUUCACGGUUGAUCUGUAUUAAUAUUGUUCAAAUGCAGAGUUUUGUAAUACAGUGAGUUCUUGAGUCUAGUCACUGAUAGAAAUCGGUUCAACAAGUGCAGUGUAAUUCCUAAGAAAAACUACCUCUUGCCCCCAUCUGAGAGUAUGGUACCAUCACCUCAUAGAAUCUGAAAAACAGCAGUAUUGUUUUGAGUAUUUUCAUACCUGGAUAAGUUAAAAAAAAAUAUCUGGUGCUUGUAUCCAUAGAGAUGUUAAUGCUUUGCCUGGAUUAUGCCACUAAACGUCUGUCUCAUGAACAGGGUCAGCUCUGUGGAGAGGCGACCCUGCCCUGGAUAAGUUUCAACACAAAACAAGAAAAAUGGAGACUAGUAGAUGGCUGACCACCCUUCCUAUCAGAAAAGUUACAUAGUGCACCUUUUAAAUGAAGUAAACAUUAUAUGGCAGUGCUCAGAUAGCGUCAAAGUGCAAUAUUUACAUCUUUUGUCAAACCAAGUUCAGAAUUUAAAGGUAUUGCGCUUAAUUACAAGUGUUUAUUAUUAUGCCAUAGCGACAAAAUGAACAGAAUUAGGACU